AAACUACAGACUCACAUGUUUCUGUCAGUUCAGACCUCUGGACACAAACCACCGCCUUCAGUCUGCUGCUGGACUGAAUCUACCCACACAUCUAUCUUAGAGUCAAGUUUAAUCAGCUUCACAGCGACUCUAUCUGACUCUAUCUAUCUGAAACUAUCUGUCACAGGUGGAGAGUGACGAGGACACACCACAGACAUCUGGAAAACAUCUGGAAAACAUCUGGACUGAUAACUGCUGUUAAUCUCUGAGGAACAAAAUCUCAACAACACAAGACGGAAUCCAUCAGUUUAACUUCUUGCAAAGGAUUUUCCUGCUCCUGUGUCGUAAAUCAGUAGUCCUCUGGCUGGUUUUCCUUCCCUGCAGACACUGUGGGAACCAAGAGCGAAGCUAAACUCAGACGCUGCUCAGACAUUUUUAUCAAUGAGGUUGCGGUAAAGAAAAGGUCAUGAGGUGGAUUUCAUACCUGCAGAUCGACUUCUGACAGAUUCAUUAAGUUGAAGCUUCUGUUGGACUUCGUAAAAACUUCUGUUGGACUUAGUAGAAACUCCUCUUGGACUUGGUAGAAAUUACUGCUGAGUCUUCUGAAGCUUCCUCUGACCUGAUCUAUAACUGUUAUGGCCGACUGGAGUCUGCUGGGAAACUUCCUGGAGGAGGUUCAGGAACACUCAACUUCUGUUGGCAAAGUGUGGCUGACCAUCCUGUUUAUCUUCCGGAUCCUGGUUCUCGGUACGGCAGCCGAGUCUUCGUGGGGCGACGAGCAGGAAGAUUUUAACUGUGACACCGAACAGCCAGGCUGUGAGAACGUUUGUUACGACCGAGCGUUUCCCAUCGCACAUAUACGAUACUGGGUCCUCCAGAUCGUGUUCGUAUCGACGCCCAGUCUGAUCUACAUGGGUCACGCCAUGCACACCGUUAGGAGGGAGGAGAAGAGGAGGAGUCAGGAGGAAGAGGAGCGAGAGAGGGAAGAAGAUCCAGGGGGAGGCGAUGGAGGAGGAGGAGAGGAACGAGGGAGGAAGGAAGAGAAGGAUGGAGGGAAGGAAAAGAGUGACGGACCGUCGGCCGGUCGAGUCCGUCUGAAAGGAGCUCUGCUGCAGACGUACAUCCUGAGUAUAUUAAUACGCAGCGUCAUGGAGGUGGUGUUUCUGUGUCUCCAGUAUUUCCUCUAUGGGAUUUUCCUCCAUCCUCUUUAUGUCUGCAAGGCCUGGCCUUGUCCACAUCCAGUCAACUGUUACGUCUCCAGACCAACGGAGAAAAACGUCUUCAUCAUCUUCAUGUUGGCUGUUUCUGCCGUUUCUCUGGUCCUCAGUGUUCUGGAGCUUCAUCACCUGGCCUGGAGACACUGCUGCAGGCGAAUCUUCUUCCCCCCGAAGCUUGUCUCUCCAUCGAAGUCCUCCUUAACCCGUCAGCUCUCUUUAUCACCUCCGCCGCCGUCGACGCCUCCUCCAGACUUCAACCAGUGCGUCAGUGGCUCCUCCCACUUCCUGCCGCUGCCAUUCCCCAACCACCGACUGGCCAACCAGCAGAACUCGGAGAACAUGGCCACUGAGAAGAACAAGCUGGUGGACGAGGUGACCUUCCUCCAGAUGAGCUGCUACUCGGCCGGGUGGCAGAAGAGCAGCGACGCUCCGAUCCAAGAUGGCGGCUACCUGAGGACGGACACUUCCUGUUACAGUCCAGAGGGCUGCAACCAGAUCCACCAUGGAGAAGGACUGAUGCUGAAGGACAAACGGAGAUUCAGCAAAACCAGUGGAACGAGCAGCCGAACCAGAGCAGACGACCUUUCAGUUUAGAUUCAAUUGAUGUUCUAAUAAACACAGAUUAUCGCGUAAAACAGGAGACAUAGUCGACACAUUCAAGAUAAUUCUGUCUGUCUGGGUUACUGUUCAACAUGAAACUCCACUUUGUGACUUGAAUUAUAAAAACGGCAAGUGUAUAACAGAAGUGAGAGCACCCCUGUGCAAUAUAACUUAAUAUUAAAUAAGUAAAAUUGAAUCACCUAUCAGUAACUGCAUGAUUUCUAGGUUGGACAACAGAGUGGUCCUCCUUAUAAACAAUCAAAAACAAACAGUUUAGAAAGAUUAUAUUGAAAAUUCAGGCCCCAAAAGUAGAAACUAAAUGAAUCCAGCUGUGAUUUCAAUCAGUCUAACUGCAUGAACAUAGUUCUAAAAUGAGCUGUGGACAGCAGAACUUUCUCAGUUUUAUGAACUGUGUCUAUGUAUGUCUGCAUCAUGGCUCCACUUGGAAAAGAACUGAACAGAGGAAGUGAAAAAUCUGACAGUGAGACUUCAAAGAUAAUGAAAAGAUCCAACCAAACUUGUCAAGACUAUCAAAGUGAAUACAUAGUCCUGACAGUGAAGCACGGAGGUGGAAGUAUGAUGAUAUGGAGCUCCAUGAGUGCAAAAGGUGAUCCAAGAAGAUCAGUGAGCAACUAAAAAUCAGUGAAGCACAGUAUCAGCAGUAAUCAGGAGGUCUAGAAGGAGUCAUAGUUCCACUAAUCAGGAGGUCUAGAAGGAAUCAUAGUAGCACUAAUCAGGAGGUCUAGAAGGAGUCAUAGUAUCACUAAUCAGGAGGUCUAGAAGGAGUCAUAGCACCACUAAUCAGGAGAUCUAGAAGGAGUCAUAGUACCACUAAUCAGGAGGUCUAGAAGGAGUCAUAGUAGCACUAAUCAGGAGGUCUAGAAGGAGUCAUAGUAUCACUAAUCAGGAGGUCUAGAAGGAGUCAUAUUUCCACUAAUCAAGAGGUCUAGAAGGAGUCAUAUUUCCACUAAUCAGGAGGUCUAGAUGGAGUCAUAGUACCACUAAUCGGGAGGUCUAGAAGGAGUCAUAGUACCACUAAUCAGGAGGUCUAGUAGGAGUCAUAGUUCCACUAAUCAGAGCUCCUAAAAUGACUCCACAGACAGUGAACUACUUCCUCCAUCCAGCUGUAAAAACAGACAGCAGCUGCUUCAGACUUGGUUCAGGUGUUCUCCAUGGAAACCAGAGUUAGUGUGAAGCUCAGACAGUGUGAAGGAACCUUCAGAACAUCAACCUCUAUGGACGGAGGACAAGAACUAAACCUGGUUGCUGCUCAGAACUAAACUUCCAGAUGAAAGUUUGCUGAAGAACAUGAGAAGAAGCCUAAUGGAUGUUGGAGAACAUUCUUUGGUCACAUGGAGAUAAAUGAGUUGGACUCAGAUGGAGUCCAGAUGUUUGGUGUGAACCUGACCAGGACUACCACAGUGAAUGCAGAAUGAAAUAGUUCAGCAGCUAAAUUCUCACGUUUGUGUUAUUUAGGGUCUGAAAUUACCUACUGGAGUCACAGAAGUUUGGAACUUUUUGACUCCUAAAGCAACCAAAGUUUUACCUGAGUAUUUUAUAAUCACUCAUUUACUGUCUGAACUUGGACUGUUGCUAGCUGGUUUUAUCCUCUAUAAGUCUUGUUGUCAUUUUCACUCUGUAUUCAUUAGUCCAACUUGUUUUGGGCUUAUUAGAGCUGUAACAGCAGCAGUUACAGAUGUUUGUCUAACUCCUCAGCCUGCAUCUUCACAUCAGCAGGAUUUUUAACCAUUUUUUCACUUCUAAACGAUUCGCAAAUCUCAGGCUGGUGGGUUUCUGCUGCAAAAUGUUUUAUGUUAAUUACUGCUGUGAACACAUCUGGACUGAAGCACAAGGGAACACAGUCUCUGAAAUACACUGUAGAUUGUGUUGUUAUCAGAUUAUCCAUUAGCAUAAUGUUAUUACAAUAAAAAAAUUACACAUAUUAUUAGGGGAUUUCUACUAUUAAUGACCAUUUUAAAUUGUUUGAUAUUUAUUAUUCCACUUGAAUAAUGUGAAAUGUUUUAGAUAAUUUGCAAAUAAAUUUGUGCAAAACCUGAA